AUGACUGAGGACGACCAAGGUGUCGUAUUUUCGGGUUGGAAAGAAGCUAUGGAAGCUGCCCGUGCUAACAUCUCUAAAGGACUGGAUCAAUAUAGGAUGGAAUUAGAUACCUCUAGACAGUGUAGCUCUGUGCCCCGUAUACUUUGCGAUGAUAUUCGCCUUGAUAAGUCCAGUGAGGAAGGGCAGAGCAUGUCUACUGAGCAGGAACCGGAAUCGUUUGAGACAUCGGUAUACUAUCAAAUUCCUCACCGCGAAUUGUUGGCGCUUGCCGCUUGUGCAAAUACAGUGUGCAAUAUAUUUCGUUUCAAGCAGCGUAGUCCAAGGAAGGCUAUCAAGACUCCCAGGUCAGAGAGGUCUGGUAAUAGGGCUGGUGGUGUUAAUACUGAUGACCCUAAUCACGGCAAGCUUAUACCGUUUGAACCACAGUUGCUACCUCUAGACGUGGCUGGUUAUGACGAGCCUCUUGAAUCUGGUGAAUCUAUGGCUAAGCAAGGUAUGAAGGGUUUAAAACACGAUCAAAGAAUUGGUGUUUCUCAGUUCCCAAGGCAUGGUAUGCAUCAGGGUGGUCAUAGACAUCAUAAGGGUGUUUUUCAAUCUGGUCCUGGAGGCAAAGCUACUCUUUCCGAGGCUCAACAGCAGCUUAUUAAGCAAAAUUUGAAGGCUCGCUCAGGUUCCAGUACAAGUAACAGAUGGCUUACUCCUAAGCCUACAGAAGGUAUUUUUUCUUUGGGUAACAUCCGUGGUGAGAAUGCAAAUGCCGUAGCGAGUAACGAUAACACGCCGAGUGCCGCAUCAAACAAGAGUUUGAGUCAGAUGGUGCGGGAGCUCCAUCUGAAGAAGCUUGGUUCCCCGAGGUCUACUGAUGAUGUGAUGAACAUGUCUACACAGGAGGUGUCGAAUUUUACUUUUAUUGAUGAGGAGACUCCCAAUUCUCUUAAAAGUUCUCAAUUUAGCAAAUUCUUCAACAACGGUGUGCCGAAUUCCAACGAAGACAAUACCCGGCUGCAUCGUUUGAAUGAGGCUAUGGCAGUGAGAUAUGGCUCUCGACCAGAUGAGGGUAACCCUGCAGCUGCGUUACCUCUUUUUACGGAGCUGUCUGAUGGUCCUGAGGAUGCUGUGACGUUGCAAUGUUGGUUUGAGAUGGGUAAGAUCUAUUUAUUUGGCUAUGAUUCGUAUUAUUUUUGGCGUAAGCGUGAUGUUGUAGCGGCCAAGGCUUUAUUUACAAAGUCCGCUGAGCGUGAUCACGCAGCUUCAUUGUUCUAUGCUAGUUUUGUUUACAGCAUGGGUAAUGAACCAGUUUCAUCGCCGGAUCAUAAGAAGGCAGCUGCUUAUCUUUUGCGUGCUGCUGCUCUCAACUAUGUGCCGGCGAUACUUGCCUUAGCCUACAGGAAGUUAUAUGGUAUAGGUUGCGUCAAGGAUGUUGGUCUGGCUACAUCCCUGUAUAAAAAGGUAUAUCGUUUGAAAGGUCGUCGAAAUGAAGCUUUAACAUAUAUGACUCCAAUGGAUGACCUGAGGCUAACGCAAAGGUCGACUCAGGCAUUUAAAUUAUCGCUAUCAGAUACUGUGCAGACAGAACAAUCGCAAAGGAGGGAAGCUCUUCGUUACUGGGAAUCAAAGGCGUCGGUAGGUGAUGGAUUGGCUAUGUACGAGAUGGGUAAACUUCUUGAGGAUGACCCGUCAGCUGACGGUAGGGUUGCAGAACUUUAUCAACAUGCCAGUGAUAAGGGCAUUGUUCCAGCAACCCGAGAUCUCGGGUUAUGUUAUAUGCACGGUAUCGGCGUGCGUCAAAACGCUGAGAAGGCUGUUGAGCACCUUACAUGUGCUGCUGAGCAGGGUGACCACGAAGCUGCUAAAUAUUUAGGUUAUAUAUAUUACCGUGGUAUGGAUAAUCCUGAGGAAGGUAAUCCUGUGAAGCGUAACGUGGAUCUUGCGAUGAAAUAUUUCACUCAGGCUGCUAAGCAUGAGGUUCCUGAAGCUAUGUACUUUAUGGGCGAGAUCCUUUCAAAACGCGAGAAUACGGUGCUCGGUAGCGCUGUUCACAAGGAUUUGCAAAAGGCUCUUGCUAUGUACAGUGCUGCUGCAGAUUACGGCCUAACUCACGCGCUGCUACGUGAGGCUGAGAUGUUGAGUAGCGGUAUAGGUGCGAAGCAGAACUUGUUGCGUCCUGCCUUGAUUUACAAGGUACUAUCUGAAGAGCCGUUUUGCGUGGCAACUAUGAGGGAUGCUUUUUAUUCAUAUAUCCGUAAGGAUUAUGUGGUCAGUUUCCUUUACAAUGCACUAGCAGCGUUUGUUGGUGUACAAGCGGCGCAGUUGAACAUGGGUCAACUUUACGUUGAUGUUAAUGGUGUAAAGAAGCUGGAUAAUGCAACUAGCAUGGUUCGUAGUGCAUUAGUUCAGAACUUUAUGCAAGGUGAUGUGCGUUCGUUACGUUUAUUGGGAUUUAUCGCAGAGAAUGAGGGUCAACGUACUGUUGCUCUUGAGCUUUACACUAAGUGUUUCAAGGGUGGUGACAUUGAAUGUCUGGACCCACUAGUUGGUUUAUUGUCUUCUGAGCGUGCUACUUGGGGGAAAGCAAUAGCGCUGUUAGAGUAUAAGCAAUACCGUCGGUCACGUAGGGGCGAGGGUUCAGGUUGCACUUUCGAUAUUCUCGGUACUUGGUGGAAACUGAACAGUCUGAAGGCUAGGCGUGCGAUUGCAAGAUUGACUACUCGUGACUCCGAUAGUCUUUGA